UUAUGAGAGCCCAUAUUCCACCAGGCCCGCCUGAAAACCCGAUCUGUUUCCCUCCGGCGAAGUGUAAAACCUCCGCACGAAGUCACUGUUCCGGGAAGGUUCCGUUUUUUCGUUUCUCGCACUUCAAUCUGAGCAUUCAACCAUACAAUUGAUUUCAUUUUCAUGCUGGAACUGAUUCGAAUUCUUCGAAUUUGGUAUUUCUUGAACUCUCUGCUCUUUGAUUUCUCGUUUUUCUCUCCGGCCGUUGUUUUCCAUGGCGACGAGGAACCGAACAGCGCAGUUCAGAAAGCACAGGGACGCCGUGAAGAGCGUCCGUGCGCCUUUAUCUUCCUCGGCAGCUAGUUCGAGCGGGCCAGUUAUUGAGAUGGUGAGUUCAUCUCUUCUUCGUUCAAAGGGCUCUUCUUAUGCUCCUCUUAGCACUGAAGAUCCAGGACCUUCUAGUAGUGAUGCAUUUAUGGUUGGCCUACCUCCAGCUUGGGUGGACGAUUCUGAAGAAAUAACUGUAAAUAUACAGAACAUUCGUAGGAAGAUGGCGGGGUUAGUCAAAGCUCAUUCUAAAGCUUUAAUGCCUUCUUUUGCUGAUGGCAAAGAAGAUCAGCAUACUAUUGAGGCUCUUACGCAAGAGAUUACCAAUCUUUUGAAAACCUCUGAGAAGAGGUUGAAGAAAAUUUCUAGCACCGGAGCCUCUGAGGAUUUUAACAUAAGGAAAAAUGUCCAGCGUUCUCUUGCUACAGAGCUUCAGAACCUUUCUAUGGACCUCCGGAGACGGCAGUCAAUGUAUCUGAAACGUCUGCAGCAGCAAAAGGAGGGACAUGAUGGAAUUGAUUUGGAGAUAAAUUUGAAUGGUAACAAAACUCUACUGGAGGAUGACGGAUUUGGUGAAUUUGGAAUCAAUGAAAACCAAACGAUGACAUUAGGAACGGAUGAGCAGCACAUCCAGGGAAGGGAGAAAGAGAUCAUACAGGUUGUGAAAUCGGUGAAUGAGCUCGCCCAAAUUAUGAAGGAUCUCUCAACCCUUGUUAUAGACCAGGGUACCAUUGUUGAUAGAAUUGACCACAAUAUUCAAAAUGUUGCUGCAUCAGUUGAGGAGGGCUAUAAACAGCUUCAGAAGGCAGAGAAAACUCAGAAGAGCGGAGGAAUGGUGAAGUGUGCAACAGUGCUUGUUAUUAUGUGUUUCGUGAUGCUGCUUCUCUUGAUACUCAAGGAGAUAAUUAUGUAAUAAAUGUUUGGCGGCCAUAGGCUUGUUGCUGACAAUUUUUCUUUUUCUCUUUAGCUAUGUUCAAAUUGGAUGAUAAGGUCAUCUUGGAUUUAGGAUGCUGUCGUUCUCUGUGUGUUAUGUAUUAUUCUUGAUGUCGUUGUAUAUGGUAUCAUUGGAACGAUAUUCUUUGAAAUAUCACAUUCCUUCAUCGUU